AGCCGCAGCCAAGGCAAGAAAGGGGUAAAGGAAAAAGGCCAGCGGCGAGCAGCGUAUAUAUACGGCGCGGGGCAGAGCUGGGUGGGAGUGUCGAGCCCCGCAUCCAUCCAUCCCUCCCUCCCCGCGAUCCGCUCCUCCUCCUCCCCCGUCCCGGCCGUCUCCGACCCGACCUCUCGCUUCUUCUUCUUCUUCUUCUUCUUCUUCUUCUUCUUCCUCCCUCACUGGUGAAGCCAGAUGGCGGCGGAGAGGGUCAAGGACGUCGGCAUCCUCGCCAUGGACAUCUACUUCCCGCCCAACUGCGUCCUCCAGGAAGAACUGGAAACUCAUGAUGGCGUGAGCAAAGGGAAGUACACCAUUGGGCUUGGGCAGGAUAGCAUGGCCUUUUGCACUGAAGUGGAGGAUGUCAUUUCAAUGAGCUUGACAGUGGUGAAGACUCUCCUGAAAAAUUAUAACAUCGAUCCAAAGUGUAUUGGACGUUUGGAAGUUGGCAGUGAAACUGUAAUAGACAAGAGCAAGUCUAUAAAGACAUGGUUGAUGCAAAUAUUUGAGGAGUGUGGCAAUACUGAUAUUGAAGGAGUUGAUUCCUCAAACGCAUGUUAUGGUGGAACAGCUGCUUUGUUUAAUUGUGUUAAUUGGGCUGAGAGCAACUCAUGGGAUGGACGUUAUGGGCUCGUUGUUUGCACAGACAGUGCGGUAUAUGCUGAAGGGCCGGCUCGUCCUACUGGCGGUGCAGCUGCUAUUGCAAUGCUGAUUGGACCAAAUGCUCCUAUUUCAUUGGAAAGCAAAUUUAGAGGGUCUCAUAUGGCACAUGUUUAUGACUUUUACAAGCCUGAUCUUGCGAGCGAAUAUCCGGUGGUCGAUGGGAAGCUAUCGCAGACUUGCUAUCUCAUGGCACUGGAUUCCUGCUACAAGACCUUUUGCAAAAGGUACGAAAAGAUUGAAGGGAAGCCAUUUUCAAUCGUCGACGCAGAUUCUUUUGUAUUUCAUUCUCCAUACAACAAGCUUGUACAGAAAAGUUUUGCUCGUUUAUACUACAAUGACUUCUUGAGAAACUGCAGCAUUGUUGACAAAGACUCAAGAGAAAAAUUGGAGCCCUACUUGGGCCUGUCAUCUGAGGAAAGCUAUCAGAGUCGAGACCUUGAGGUUUGUCAGCAAGUUGCGAAGCCCCUGUAUGACACCAAGGUUCAACCAACAACAUUGAUCCCGAAACAACUCGGGAAUAUGUAUACGGCGUCACUCUAUGCUGCUUUUGCAUCAGUUGUCCACAACAAACACGAUGCUCUGGUGGGCCAGAGGAUUGUGAUGUUCUCUUACGGCAGUGGCAUGACAUCGACAAUGUUCUCCUUCAAAAUCAAUGAAGGCCAGCAUCCGUUCAGCCUAACGAACAUUGCAAGCAUACUGGAUAUCUCCAACAAAUUGGAGUCUAGGCAUGUGGUUCCACCGAAGAAAUUUGUCGAGGCGCUGAAGCUGAUGGAGCACCGCUACGGCGCCAAGGACUUCGUCACCAGCCAGGACACGCGCUUGCUCGUUCCAGGCACCUACUACCUCACCCAUGUUGACUCCAUGUACCGCCGGUUCUAUGCCGUGAAAGGCGACACCGCGGCCACUCCGGUAACCAAUGGCCAUUGAUUGAUUGACUCCACCCAGCCUGAAGCUGCAAUAAGCGCCGCAAGCGCUCUUAGAUUAUUUAUCUGGUAGGGAAGGGAAAGGGAAGGGUGGAGCUUGCCCAGAUUAAUCUAUCUGUAAACUUGUUCUAAGUUUGUAAAGUUAGAUAGAGCUGUCAUUGUCCGUAUUGCCUUGUCAGUGAGAAUUCUUGGCUCUGUAGUGGAACGUUGGUGCUCCGCUUGGUUGUAAACUUGUAAGAUCUGAAUAAUAGAAUAAUCCACCGAAUUACCGUCAGGUUUAAGCUA